AUGGCCUGCUCGAAACCUGUGAGUUCAGUGGGAGAUAAUAUGUCAGUGGCUGCUGCACCCAUGAAGCCUAGGAUUUUACUUGCUACUAGUGGGAGUGUUGCUGCUAUUAAAUUUGCAAAUCUUUGUCAAUGUUUCUGUGAAUGGGAUGAAGUAAGAGCAGUUGCCACAAAUCCAUCCUUGUAUUUUAUUGACAGAACAGUGAUUCUCAAGGAUGUGAUUUUGUAUACGGACAACGAUGAAUAUUCUAGUUAG